AUGGGUUCAGGGGAUGGACUCCGUGUUUCUGCUGUGCCAGGACCGGCACAUAAUACUUCUGUAUCCCGCACAUCGGUCCGGCCAAAAGCCUGCAGUCGAGUGACUGGAAUGUGCAAGGAGUCAUGUAGGCUACCGAAAUGGAAAAGGACUAGGAUGCCGAUCUGUAAUUAUAACGCACGUACGCUUGCAUCGGAAGCGGCCAUCGAAGAUCUGAUGAUGCAAGCCAAGAAGAUCAAGUACUUGGUAGAAUUGGAAGGAAAUCCACUAUGA